UAUGAAAUAAAUGAAUAUGUCAAAACUAACAAGCCACAAUCAAAAUUGGAAAAGGCGGUUCAAAAAAUCAUGAGCUUGAGUAAUAGACAAAAUUUAAUUACAAAACCGUGUAAAAUAGAACAAAAAAGUCAAUUAAACCAAAAUAUAAAUAAAUAUGGGGUAAAAGAUUUAAUGAAAAUCAACACAUUUCAAACUUUGGACACAACACUAAAAAAUUCAGACAUCAAGAACAAUACGAUCCAAGCACAAGAACAAAAGGCUUCAACAAAUGAAGUCAAUCAAAGGACCGCAACGAUCACUUGUGUGGGCAAUGCGAGACAAAAUGAUGAGUUUCCCCUCGACGAUUUUUCAUUAUUGGAAGAUGAUAAAUCUAAUGAAGAAAUCAACGAGGUAGAGUUUAGUUCACCAAAAUCGAAACAAUUUUCAACUGUAAACAAUCAAGAAAAGGAAGAAGAUUUAAAUAAACUUGUUAACUCGAAGUUAAUCCAAGAGGAUAAUGAAGCUAAAAAUACUUGUGAGGAGCAAGACGAAGAAUUAAAUGUCGAGGAAGAAUGUAAGAAGUCAAUUAAAUUUAAUGAAGCUAUUGAAGAUGAGGAUAUAUUAGAAACUGUAGAUGAUGCUGAGAUUUGUGGGGAAUAUAAUGACGAUAUUUUUAACACAAAGCAGAAUCUUGUUCAUAAGAAUAACACAAAAGAGAUUAAUGGUGAUAAAAUAAAUAGGAAUAUUUUUGAGGAAGAAGAAGAUGAGAUUAUGAAUAAUAUAGAAAGGGAGGAUAAUGAUGUUGUUGUGUUAAAUACAGAUGAAGAAGAAGUGAAGAGCAUUAAAGAAGAUGAUAUUAAAGUUAUUGAAGAAACUUCCAAAAAUGAGAAUAAUGAUAAAAAUAUUAACGCUGUAGAAAAUCCAGAAGUAAUUGUUGUUGAGGAUGACGAGAUAAUUGUUGAUUUUGUUAAGAUAAAUAAUGAGGAAAGUGUGUUGGAUGAGGAGGAAAAUGUUUUGAUUGAAAAGGAAAUGGAAAAGAGGUUCCAAGAAAGCUUUAUCGAUGCAAACUUGGAAUUUGGUAAUGUAUCUAUAGAGGAAAAAGUAGCAGAAAUUGUAUUGAAACAUUCAAAUAUGGAAUAUGCAAAAUUAGCUUCAACUGAAUCAACUUUAGAAAGAAUAAAUCAAUCAAUGCAACUGAUUAAAAUGGAUGGUCAAGAGAAAGAUAUAUUUGUGGAAUGUGUUCUAAAAAUUGUUCAAUGUGCUUCUGUUGAGGAAAAAGUUAUUGUGCCGCCUUUGCCAAUUACAAAUUCCCUUGAGGAACCUAUGACUUCUACAAAAGCAGCUCAGAUUAAUGCAUUAGAAGCUGAAUUAAUUGAGCCUAUACAAACAUCUAAACAACAACAACAGACACGACGUCGCCGACAAAAGUCAACUUCAAAUACUUCACAAAAAACCAAACUUGCAAAAACACAAUUGAAAAUACCACAACACUUACCAGCUACUAAAACUGCAGCAUUGCCUCCUCCUCCAAGAAAUUUGCGAAGUUCUACAGCUAAGAAAAUAAUUGAAGAAGAAAUGGAGGCACCUACAACAAUAACAAAAACUGAAGAGGAAGAAAUUAAGACAGUUGCUGGUGAAGAAUUAGCGUCUACAGUUGCUCCUAUUGGUUCGAGAAAACGCAAGAGAAAUGUGAGUGAAUUCUUGAAGCCUCCCCAAACUGACACUAAUGACCAGCAGCAUGUUGAGGAUGAAGGACCUCCUGCUAAAAAUUUACGUCGAUCUUCGCAUUCAAGCCCCUCUUCUCAAACUGAGCCUAAAACUUCAACAGAAUCCAAGAAAGCUUCUAAACAACACGAUUCUGCUUCACUCACUCCUGAGAUUUUGUCGGUUAAAGAAAAAGCUGAAGCUCCUGUCAAAAUUGAGCAGGAGCAGCCUAUUGUACCAAUAAAAACACCUCCACCACCACCCUUACAACUUUCAACACCAACUCUUCAUUCUCAUGUUGCUGCGACUGCAAAAUUGCGCUCAUCUUUGCGUAGAGCAGCGCUUGCGAGCGCUACUCCAUCUCCAGCUGUUGACAGCGUUGGUACAAAUGGACUUUUCCUCCGCCCAGGCAACCACUCUUCUAGUGAAGUUAUUCCCAAAGAAGUAUUACUAACUCUUUGGAAAGAUAUUCGUACACAUCGUCACUCUUAUGUAUUUGAUCAGCCAGUAGAUGAAGGGGAAGUACCUGGUUAUCAUUCAGCUAUAAAAAAACCUAUGGAUUUAAAUACAUUAUUUCAACUUAUUGAAUCUUUUACUAUACAAACAUUUGGUCAAUUCACUCAUCAUAUUUUGAAAAUUUUUGCUAAUGCAGUAAUGUACAACAGUACUGGCCAUCAUGUUAAUACAUGUGCCAAGGAGAUGCUAGCUUAUGCUUUGAAGUGUAUUGAGAAAAUAUUUUAUAAUGGUUAA